CGGGCUUUUUCGUUGUUUUGCUAGACGAGGCCUCUCCAGUCAGCGUCAUUCGUUGUUUGGACCUCGCGUUGUUUGGACGUAUUUUUCAAUCGGCGCGUCGUCUCUCGAAGAUCGUCUGACAUUGCCAUAUCUCGUAGAGAUAUAACUCAAAGCCCAAGACCCCGUAUCAAGGAUUGCAAAACGGGAGUUUGGCAUUGCUCAUACGCAGCGUGCUAUAUUUAGCGAUAAAAAGGAAUCGAAACAGAGGGUUGGAAGCAAUUCAUGCUCAUCGGUUAACCGCAGAGUAGCAACGACAUACAUACCCUAGCUCUACCAGUGAUGAAGGAGACCAAGAUGGUGCAGGAUCAGGGUGAAACCACAAUCUUGACAGAGGCACUCCUAAAAAUUGCCAAGAGGGAACUUCGGGAGGAUCGAUGCACUCGGGAGCAGAGUCUGGAGCAACUGCGGAAUUGGGUGGCCAAGAAUGAGGAUCUGCAGAAUGUCCGAUGCGACGAUACCUUCCUCCUGCGAUUCCUGCGCGCCAAGAAGUUCAGUGUCCCGAUGGCUGAGCAAACGCUUCUCAAGUAUCUGAACAUUCGUCGCACAUUUCCACACAUGAGCACUCAGUUGGACUACCUGGAACCGCGACUUGGCGACCUCAUCGAUCAGGGAUAUAUUUUUGCAGUGCCAAAGAGGGAUAAGCACGGUCGCCGGGUAGUGGUCAUCAAUGCCAAGGGCUUGAAUCCAAAAAUUCACACCAGUUGCGAUCAGGCCAAGGCGCAUUUCCUUACUUAUGAGUGCCUUAUGGAGGAUCAGGAGACCCAAAUCACUGGGCUAACACAUGUGGGUGACUUUGCUGGCGUUUCCACAGCGCACGUGACCAACUGGAAUCCUACUGAGUUCGCCCGCAUCUUCAAAUGGGGUGAGCAAUCGUUGCCAAUGCGACACAAGGAGAUCCACCUUAUCAAUGUACCCUCCACGCUGAAGUGGCUCAUUGAUUUCGUCAAGAACCGCGUCAGUUCCAAGAUGAAGAACCGUCUAAUCAUCUAUGGCAGCGAAAAGGAGCUAAUGAAAUGUGUGGAUCAAGGUUGUCUCCCUCUGGAAAUGGGUGGCACCAUACCCAUGCGCGAGAUGAUCGAACUGUGGAAACAUGAGCUAGCAACCAAGAGGGAUUUGAUACUCGGUUUGGAUAAGAGUGUUCUACUCUCCGAUCGUGGCAUCCAGCGGAGGAGUAGCUUUAAUGCAGAAAAGGCCUCUACCGGCGGACCCAACUUCGUUUCACAAAUCGAGUCCAUUGAGGGCAGCUUUCGGAAAUUGGAGUUCGACUAGCCGACCCACAUCUAGUUGUAGUUUUUAGUCCAUAGUUUUAGGCAUCAUCCGUUAAUCCAAUGCGCAACGCUUCGCUGGUCCCCCGAUCCUCGCCAGAGCCGAUCCUGGGGAUCCUUGAUUUGCUUAUCGGUGGCACCCGCUUUACUCAUCCUGCGCUUCUUUGUAUACUGUUUGUGUUUGGCGUACAAUAAACGAGAGGAAUAAUUUGGAAA